GUGAGCUCCAUCAUAUAAAACCAUCACACACCUAAAGCCGUACAUGUACACAACUCAUUGGCAUAGUUAAGCUAACCUUCGAGGUGUGUUGGUGUCCAUGGCCAUGGACGCGAGGAGGAAGAAGAGCAAGAGCGGCGGCGGCGGCGAGGUGCUGCUCGGCAAGUAUGAGCUAGGACGGUUGCUUGGGCGAGGGACGUUCGCCAAGGUGUACCUGGCGCGGUCGGUGGGCGGUGGCGAGGCGGUGGCGGUGAAGGUGAUCGACAAGGCGGAGGUGAUGGGCACGGCGGGCAUGGCGCCGCGGGUGCUCCGGGAGGUGGCGGCCAUGCGCCGGCUGCGGCACCCGCACGUGCUCCGCCUGCAGGAGGUGCUGGCGACGCGCGCGAGGAUCUACCUCGUCAUGGAGCUCGCCACCGGCGGCGACCUGCUGUCCAGGCUCGCCGCGCACCCGCGGCGGCGGCUGCCGGAGAGCGCGGCGAGGAGGGUGUUCAUCCAGCUCGUGGACGCGCUGGCGUACUGCCACGCACGCGGCGUCGCGCACCGCGACGUCAAGCCGCAGAACAUCCUCCUCGACGGCGGCGGAGGCCUCAAGGUCUCCGACUUCGGGCUCUCCGCGCUGCCGGACUCGGUCCGCGACGACGGCCGCCUCCACACCGCGUGCGGCACGCCGGCGUACGCCGCACCCGAGGUGCUCCGCCGCAGGGCCUACGACGGCGCCAAGGCCGACGCGUGGUCCUGCGGCGUCAUCCUCUUCGUCCUCCUCGCCGGACACCUCCCCUUCGACGACUCCAACAUCGCCGACAUGUGCCGGAAGGCGCACCGCCGCGAGUACGAGCUCCCGCAGUGGGUGUCCCAGCCGGCGCGCCGCCUGGUGAGCCGCCUGCUCGACCCGAACCCAGACACCCGCGUCGCCGUCGAGUCCCUCGCCACCCACCACCCGUGGUUCAAGCGCUCCCUCAGCGUCGACUCCCAGCUCGACGGCCUCCUCAACGGCCAGCCGGAGCGCGCGGUGGCGUUCCAGGCGCCGGCGCCGCUCAACGCGUUCGACAUCAUUUCCAUGUCUCCCGGCCUCGACCUGUCCGGGCUGUUCGGCGAGAGCAGGACGAGCAGGGAGAAGCGGUUCAUGACGACGGAGUCGCCGGAGAGGACGCUGGAGCAGCUCGGCCGCGCCGGCGGGAAGCUGGGCUACGUGGUGGUUGGCAAGAAAGGAGUGGAGUUCCUGCCGCUCGGAGGGCUGUCGCCGUCGGGGAUCGCGGCAAUGUCGGUGGAGAUGUCGGAGGUGGCGCCGCCGCUGAUGCUCGUCGAGCUGCGGCUGGAGGUGGCCGCCGGCGACGGAGACGGCGAGGUGCAAGGGUUCGGGUGGGAGCAGCUGAGAGUGGAGCUAGGUGACGUAGUUAGGGCUUGGCAUAGUUGUGAGGAUUUGGGUGAACUCUAGGGCUUUUUUGUAAAUGAUAAGGGACUCUUUUGUCGCAUGGAAAUGUAAUUGUAAUUGUAAUACAUAUAGGGGUGAUUGUUUAAACGAAAAAUAAUCUGUGAAUUUUUAGUAAUUUAAAA